CGCACAGUAGGGGCACCAGCUUCCAGCUGUAGCUGGGGGCAGAGCUACGAGGAAGUCACGUUGAAUCCCACUGAAAGAAAAGCCACGGUCCGCCGAAGUGUCGAGCGUUCGCGAAGAGACAGCGACUUGGAGGGGCCACAAUCAGUUGCGACCCCCGUACGCGCCGCGACAGUAUAGCGGAAAAAUUUUAAAAAAAAGUUGGCGACGGCCACCAUCUUCAAGAUGCAUGAUUUUGCCAUGGUUUUCUUUGAUUUGGAGACAACUGGAUUGGACACUCGACGGUGUCACAUCAUCCAGCUGGGGGCCGUUUGCGGUCACCUGACCUUCAACGCCUACAUUGUCCCCCAACGCCCCAUCACUCAGCGGGCCUACGAGGUCAACGGCUUCUACAUGGUGGACGGCAUUCUCUAUCGCCGCAGGAAGGCCAAGCCCACCGUCUCAGUCAACCGGGCUCUCACAAGUUUCCUCAGAUUCCUGAGAUCUUUGGACAGGCCCGUGUGCCUGGCGGCCCACAACGCUAACUCGUUUCACGUCCGCAUCCUGAUGAGGCUGCUGUGGAGAUUCCACCACUUUUGGAAGUUCCGCAACGUCGUGCACUUUCAUCUGGACACCUUAAAGGUCAGCAGGAUGAUCAACCCUGGUGGCAGUCAGAAAUUGAAGGACUUAGUGGGCAAGGACUACGACGCUCACAAUGGGCUGGAGGACGCCAGGGCGUUGCAGGGCCUUUGGAAGAGGUGGGCCUUAAAUGACCAUGACAUUCAGGAUUUCUUGAUCGAGUGGUAGCGCCGCAUCACUUUGCGUGCUCUCGCCAAAGCAAAUCCAAGUAUUUCCCACGUCGGUUUUCUUGUGAACUGGAUUUGUUCUUUUUUCACUUUGGCAGAAAAUGUUCUCACGAUGCUGUGAUUCUGUUGCGUUGUCGGUUUGCUGCUUUUUUGUGGAGCCCCCGUGGUCUCCUUCUCACAAACAAAUACAAAUGCUGUUCAAUACAAACAA